AUGAGUGGUAGCCUGGGAACAGUUACCCACAGCAGCAACAGCAGCGUCGGCAGCGCGAAAAGCGGCGGGAGCGACGGCAACGCGAAAAUAGCCAAGGUCGCUGGGUUGGGAAAGCGCGGAGGUCGUCAGUCGCAGCGCGAGGCGUUAAUUCACCGGGAGCGCGGAGAUGCCGCCGUGCAUUGCGGGUGGGAGGAUACGGCCGCUCCUCACGCUAUGAUGCCCGUGGAUUUGCGCGAGGAAGGGAAGGAAGCCGCUGCACUCGCAUCUCUCCCCUCCUCCUUCCAGCCGCUAAACCAGUCCACGUCAUCGUCCGUUUCUGUCCAAGUAGACCCGCCUGCACACGUCAACGCCGCCGCCACGUCACCAUUCCAUCAAUCGUCGCUGGCAACUGCUGCUGUAUGUCCUGUACCAGCCGCCCAUAACAGCUCAUUGAGGCCAUGGAUCCCAGAGACGGGGAGCGGUGCUAGUGGUAAUGGUAAUGGUGGUGUUGCUGCUGCUGCUGCUGUUUCUGCGAGUAGCAUUCCCCUUCACCCCUUUCAUUCGUCGUCAUGGGAGAUCGAGCCCUGCAUCUCCGUGCAUGAACCUGCUGGUAGCAGCAGCAACUGCAGCAGCACCACCACCCAUGCGCACGAGACACAUUCACGUGGCAUCAUCACCCAUACACAUGCCAACAACAUCCAUCCACAGUCACAGUCACGUGCAUGGCCAUGGGCAUGGGCGCACCGAGGUGCAUGGCUCUCUCCCUGGGCCCUCCCCUGGUCUCUCCCUGCUGAUGCUGUGCGAUGGUACCAGCAGAGCGUUGCUGAUCUGGGAUCAACCUUGGGCUUGGAUUGGCAUCCAGGGGGGCACAUGAGGGGGAUUGGCGCAGGGGGGCUGGCGGGGGGAAGGGCCAGGGGGCGGGUGGUGCGCGGUAGAGGAAACGGAGAAGCAGGAGGGAGGUUGCUGCGGCGGCUGAGACAAGCAUGGAGGAGGGGGUUGGGGAGAUGGGGGUGGUGGGGAUGGCAUGCAGAGAGUAGCCUGGAUGGGAGCAUCAACAGUGGGACGACGAACCAUGGGACCACUACCGGCAGUGCAUGCAGCAGCAGCAACAGCAGCAGCGGCAGCACCAGGAGCCGAGGCAGCGGCAGGAGCAGCGGCAGCAGCAGCAGUUUCAUCAUCGUCAGCGGCAACAGCGGAGGAGGAGGAGGAGGAGGGGAAGGAGGAGGGGUGGAGGGAGAGGGAAGGAGUGGUGGAGGGAGGAGGAAGCAGCAGUGGAUGGUGCCGGGGCUGGGCCUGCCGUUGACAGCGGACAUAGUGGCGAUAGCGCUGGUGUACUUUGUGCAGGGCGUGCUGGGGCUUGCCCGCCUGGCUGUCAGCUUCUUUCUCAAGGACGAGGCGUUCUGGGGCUCGCCCGCCUGGCUGUCAGCUUCUUUCUCAAGGAUGAGUUCGGGCUCGACCCUGCUGAGGUAUGCGUGUGCUGCUGCUGCUUCUGCUUCUGCUUCUGCUUCUGCUGCUGCCGCUGCUGCCGCUGCUGCUGCUGCUGCUGCUGCUGCUGCUGCUGCUGCUGCUGCUGCUGCUGCUGCUGCUGCUGCUGCUGCUGCUGCUGCUGCUGCUGCUGCUGCUGCUGCUGCUGCUGCUGCUGCUGCUGCUGCUCCUCGUACGGCGCUUCUGUCUGGGCUCUCAACACUGCCAUGGCUCAUCAAGCCUCUCUACGGCUUCCUCAGUGACGGCUUCCCCCUGUUCGGUUCCCGCCGCCGCUCCUACCUCAUUCUCUGCGGCUUCGUGGGUGCCUCUGCAUGGGCCCUCCUCGCGACAAUAGUCCACGACAAGUACUCCACCGUCGCCAUGAUCCUGCUCUCCUCGCUCUCGGUCGCCGUGUCUGAUGUGGUGGUGGAUUCGCUCGUGGUGGAGCGAGCCAGGGGCGAGGACCAGAGCAUGGCUGGGUCGCUGCAGUCGCUCUGCUGGGGGUCCAGUGCGGUUGGAGGGAUUGUGAGCGCGUAUUGGAGCGGUAGCCUGGUGGAGAUGUACGGCACGAGGUUUGUGUUUGCCGUGACUGCUGUUCUCCCCCUCAUCACAUCCAUUGCGGGGAUCUUCACAUCCGCUCCUCUCAUUCCCCUCUCCACCCAUGGUCUAUCCGCCUCUCCUGCUUUCUCCUCCUCUUCUGCCUCCCCUCACCCCCCUCCAUCCUCCUCCCAUGGAGAUGUAUUGAUUGAGCUUGGUCACAUGAGUCAGAGUGAACGAGUGGGGGAGGGGAGAGUGGGGAUGGGAGGGUUGGAUGGAGGAAGGGACGUUGGGGAAGCGGUUAAGGAACGAGGUGGAGGGGGAUCAAGGGGUUCGACAGAUGGGGGUGCGGUGGGGAUGGGUGAGAACAAGCAACAGAUGCCCCUGCUGCGUCCGUAUGCUUCAGCACCUUCUGAUCCUACUGCAACCCAUGAUUCUCAACAGUCAUACCAUCACCAUCAGCAGCAGCACCACCACCACCAGCACCCACUGCAGCAAUUCUCAGUCAACUCCACACCGGCUAUCAGCGAGUCGUGCGUUUACUCCUCCGCCUACCCUCCCAACUCUACCACUUCCCCCACUCCACCGACCAACCCAAUCCCCCAGCAGCAGCACCACCACGCAGAGCACCAUUCCACUGCAGAAUCCCCCCUCAUCUCCAACACUCCCACCCCUUCCUCCUCCUCCUCCUCUUCCUCCUCCUGCACCUCCUCCUCCCUCGCACCCUCCCACGCACACUCUCAUGCAUCAUCCCCCAUCCCAGCCAUGGAUGUGCGCGCACAGGCGUUAUACCUAUGGGCCACUAUCCGGCAACCCAGCAUCCUCAUGCCCACGCUCUUCAUCUUCCUCUGGCAGAUAACGCCUUCCUCAGAUACCGCCAUGUUCUUCUUCACCACAAACAAGCUGGGCUUUGGACCAGAGUUCCUAGGGCGGGUGCGGCUGGUGACAUCAGUGGCGUCGCUGGUGGGUGUGGGCGUGUACAACUUCUGGCUCAAGCAUGUGCCACUGCAGCGCAUCUUCCUCUGGAGCAACCUGCUCGGCACUGCCCUCGGCUGCACGCAGUUGCUGCUGGUGACGGGAGUGAAUCGCAUGCUGGGCAUCAGCGACCACUACUUUGCCCUGGGGGACAGCCUCAUCCUCACUGUCCUCGGCCAGGUCUCCUUCAUGCCCAUCCUUGUGCUUGCGGCUCGUCUCUGCCCUCCUGGAAUCGAGGCCACAUUGUUUGCCGCCUUGAUGUCAGUCAACAACGGGGCGUAUGUUCUAAGCGGGUUGCUCGGGGCUGCUCUUACGGAGAUGCUUGGAGUCACAAGCACGAAUUUCCAUAACCUUGCCUUGCUUGUUCUACUGUGCAAUCUCUCGUCUCUGCUUGCGUUGCCGUUCCUGCGCUUGCUUCCCUCAUUGGAAGAGGUGGAAGCGGCGGUGGCAAGGCUUCAAGAGGAUAUCGAAGCAGGAAAAGAAGCAUGA